AUGACACGAACGUUAUCGUCGUAUGAAAGAAACGACACAAAUCUGACAUUAUUAUUUCCCUCGCCACCCCUUUCGUCUUCUGAAGAGGAAGGAGAUAUAAUUGCGACCAAUGAAGAACUUCUUUUAAUCACGAGGUUCAUAGUGCAGAAGCUAUGCGUGCCUCUUGUGGUUCUCGUUGGAGUCAUCGGGAAUUUCCUAAGCGUUGUGGUGUUGACUCGAAAAUGUAUGAAUUCCUCGACAAAUUCUUACUUGAGCGCUCUGGCUGUUUUUGAUUUGUUAUACCUGUUGUUUAGUUUUUAUCUCAGCCUUAAACAUUAUCAGGUGUUUAAAUACUCACCUGAGUAUAUUUACUGCUUUCCUUUCGCUCGUGUGUUCACGGAUAUGUUUGCUAAUGUGUCCGUUGUGCUGACUGUAACAUUCACGUUGGAGAGGUAUGUUGGAGUGUGCCAUCCAAUGAAAGGUCGUAUAUUGUGUACAGUUGAACGAGCUAAAAUUAUAACCAUUGUGGCAGCAGCUUUCGCCAUUUUGUGUACAUCCCCGGAAUUCUGGGAGAUGGAAGUUACGUGGGAGAUCAAAGACAACCAGUCAGUUCCGGUGGCCACGUACACGGACUUUGCCAACCAGGCCGGUUACGCUGUGGGGUACUACUGGUUUCUGGUGGUCAUCUUCACUUUGUUACCUUUGACCCUGCUCUGCGUGUUCAACGGGAUUUUGAUUGUGACUGUUGUGCGGGCGGCGGAGAUGAGGAAGCAGCUGACUUUACUCACACCGGUCAGUAGUGACGCCCCUAGCAACGCCAGGACCGUCCCCUGCCAGCCUCGGGAGCAGCAGAAGAUCACAAAGAUCCUCAUCACUAUUGUCAUUGUCUUCAUCGUCUGCCAGAUCCCUGGUGCCUUGUUGCUCUUGUAUAAAACGUACACCUCCCUUAGGAACCUUCACAUGACCCGUGAACAACAAAAUAAUUUAAAGAUAGCUGGGAAUGUAAUCAAUCUUCUCAUCCAGAUCAACGCUUCGAUUAACUUCAUCCUCUACUCCGCCAUCAGCACCAAGUUCAGGCGUGUCUUCUACCAUAUCAUCUGCAACCGGAAGCGAUGGUGCUAUAAAAGAUGCCAACUUUGGCACCACUCUACUCUAUCCCGGAGUGAUGGAGUUAAGAUGUCAUCGUUUUAUGGUAAGACGCUCCUCGGGCUGCAUCAUGCACACGGAGCUCGGCUGCAUCAUGCACACGGAGCUCGGCUGCAUCAUGCACACGGAGCUCGGCUGCAUCAUCGGGCUCGGCUGCAUCAUGCACACGGAGCUCGGCUGCAUCAUGCACACGGAGCUCGGCUGCAUCAUGCACACGGAGCUCGGCUGCAUCAUGCACACGGAGCUCGGCUGCAUCAUGCACACGGCCAGAGUCGCGAAAUGUGCUUACUACAUUGUUGA